UACUAUUGACAAAAUGAAGUGCUUGAUUGUCUUAGUCGCCGCUCUGGCUGUCACGUUUGCGCAGUUCGGCGCACCAAGACGGCAGGUGCUGCGGCCGCUGCCGCCGCUACGCGCCGCGACCGUCGCACGCGCCGCUCCCCCCCGCGCCUCCUCCGCCGACGCCAAUGCCAACAUCGUCCGCUACGACAGCGAUAUCAGCCCUGAUGGCGCUUACAGCUGGGCUUUUGAGACUGACAACGGCAUCGCUGCGCAAGAGCAAGGCACGCCCCGCAACUUUGGCGGCAACCCCCCCGUGGUCCCUGUUGUAGCGCAAGGCUCCUUCGCGUACACAUCGCCUGAGGGACAACCCAUCUCCGUCUCUUAUGUUGCUGAUGAGAACGGAUUCCAGCCCCAGGGUGACUCUCUCCCCACCCCUCCUCCGGUGCCUGCUCAGAUCGCCCGCGCGCUUGAAUGGCUCGCCAGAAACGCCCCUCCCCAGAGAAAGAAGUGAAAACCUUCAACAUAACACAACUACCCACCUUAGUACCUUACAAAACAUGUUUUAGUACAAAUGUAAUAUAAUAUAUUGUAAUUGUUGUAAAAUACCUUCAAUUAA